UCCGGAGAGUUAGUUUUUUAAGCUGUUGAGUCAGAGCAAACUGUGUCUAUUCGUAUCUGAACACUAUGUCUUCUGUCUUUGGAAACAAACGGCCAGAGUUAACCACCCUGAGGGUACAUGGCUGCAUCCCAGGGUCGGGGGCAGAGGGAGUCCCCUUUGACCGGCCUUUGCUUGCUGUCAGAAGGGGGAGAGACUCACAGUACCUCAGACCUGGUGGCUUCUUCCAGACUUCAGGGAAGGACUGUGGGGUGCUGCUGAGGUCAGAGGCAGUUCCCAGAAGUGAAAGCUCUUACCCCCAGAUGAGGGGCUGGAUCAGACCACUGUUACGGUCUUUAUAAGCCAGGGGGUUGAGUCUACUUGAUUCUGCUUCAUUCACCUGUCUUUGUUGAGUACCUAUUAUAUGCCAGGCGCUUGGGGUCAGAGGUGGCCAAGAUAAUGUGGUCCCUGCCCUCUGAGGCUCACAAUACUAACAAGGGCAGGAAAUCUUAGGAUGCAGGCAAGCCGGGGGCCUGUGAGAGAUGUGCCUGGGAAGGUGACGUUAAGCUGGGUCAGGGACGUGACCAGGAAUGGGCUGGGUGCUCCGUUCUACACAGAGGAUAGAGGGGCAGGCAGCACUUGAACUGGUCGGCCUGCUGUGGGAUUGUGUUAAGAGUUGAGGGUAGCUGGCAGGAAGUGUGCCAAAAAUGAGACCACCAAGUGGCCGGGGCCAGACUGGGACCUCCUAGAGCCUGGCGAGGGUAAGGGCACUGCUAUGUGCCACAGGAGCCCACGUGGCCUGUUGGAAGGACAUGGAUUAGCGCACAGGGCAGAGGAGGAGUCCAGGCCCAGGUCCCUAGAUGGAUACGCCAUGGGAGAACCCUACCCAUCACCCUCCCGCCAAGCAUGUGCAGCUCAAGAAUCUGGGUUGUGUAACUUGGGCCACUCCAGCUCUCCUGUUCUCCUUAGAAGUGGGGGUGAGGGUGGCACUUACUGAGACAGAAGUCCCAAAAGCCACAAGGAAGGGGGAACAGUUGCCCCAAAGGGAAGAGGAACACAGACCAUGGGCGCAGAAGCAGUGGAGAAGGGAUGCUCGGGAGAUAAAAAGACAAAGCUACAGACAGCGGGGAGUGCUGCGUACCCUGCAAGACGGUCUGGACUUGAUCCUGAGACUCUGGAAGCAUCUGAAGGGCUUUGAGCACAGAAGUUCCAUUAUGAAGUUCAUUCUUCCGAAGACCACUGUAGUUUACAUCCCAGCAAGUUCCACUCGUGUGACACGCACAUUGCCUUCCUGUUCUGCAUUCCAGUUUUUUCUGGGGGAACGGGAUGAUAAGAGUAUCCCCUCACGAUCUGUUGUGAGGUUCAUGGGAGUCCACGAGGUUCAGGGUUUCGUGAUGGGGUUGACCCUCUGUCAGGGUCAGGGAGAACAUGUUAGAAUGCACAGGAUCUUUAUUUUUAUCAUAAAAGAAAUUAAGCCUUGUGUAUAUCCUGGACUGGCACUCGGUCCUCAGUCUUUCUGGAGAGCUGGACAGCUACACACACACACACACACACACACACACACACACACACAAGUAUCAAGACUCUGAAAAUGGAUUUACCUCUGCCCUCAUUCAGGAUGAGCAUUGCCUUAAGUACUUUGGGCUACAAAGUAUUAACUCAUGUUGGUGGUUCGCCUGUUUUGGUUCUAGGAAAAUAUUCUAUUGGGAGUGUGAGAUCAACAAUUUUUAUUGAUAGGUGUGCACAAGUGGAAGAGUUUGGCACUGUCUAGAAAGUGGAUUAAUGGAAGCUCAGCCAGCAUGGAGGGAGGUUGGAGGGUCCUGCCGCUUUUGUCCAGGGGAAGGUGGCCAUAGUGGCUAAAUGGAGAUACUGAGGGGUUGGGUUGACCAGGGCCACUGCCAGAUGGAGAAGGUGAGUGGCAGAGGUCACUGCUGACACCAAGGGCCCUGCCGAUGUACCACAGGCAGCUGGGCACAUGGUCUGCAGGCUUGGAUCUGAGGGUCUUCAACAUCAACAGGUGGGAGACUUAAGUGUUCACUUAGACUUGGAAGUCAGGCAGACCCAGUCCUCAAACACUGGCUUCACCUGUGACCGACUGUGUGACCUUGGGCAGAUGACCUCACUCUUGUGCUCUAGUUUACUUACCUAUAAAACAGGGCAUAAUCAUAGGGCCUGCCUCAGAGGGUGGUAAGGAUUAAAUGAGAGUCUGUAAAAUCGCUCGGCACCUUAACACCCAACCAAAGGAGGUGAAAGUUACCAAGUUACGGUGGCUGGUGGUAGGGGCCAGGAGAGGAGGAGACGGUUCCCGAGGGAGGGAGGGAGAGUGGAGCAUGGUCAGAGGAGGACUCACACAGACUGGAGGAGCAAAGCAGGUGAAGGAAAGAAUGGGGAAAGUGGGAGCCAGAGGUGAAAGCUGGGCUUGGAGGGAGAGUCCCCUCUCCCUGGGAGGCUCUGGGAAGACAGCUGGCCACACCCACGCAACUGAGUGAGCUACAGGCCCCGGCCUGGAUCAAUAGGGCAGAGAGGAGGGCACCAGGAAGGCAAGAGAUUGGAGAUACAUCAGAUACGUUGUAAUGGGCCAACGAAAGUCAAGUUUACUGCUGAUGGUAGCCCCUCACACCUGUUCUCCAGCGGGCCUUGGGAGCCGGACUGCCCAGGUUGGUGUCCCACCUCUGACCACCACUGACACUUGGCUGUGUGCCUCAGUCACAUCAGCCAUAAAACGGGAAUCCUUAGGGCACCAACCUCUUAGCAUGCUUCCAAGAAUUAAAUGACUCCAUAGUAAAGUGUUUAAAACAGUGGCUGGCAUAUAAUAAGCCCGGAAGUGUUAGCUCUUUGCUGAUACUAUUGAGGCCAAGGGGACGAAGGAAGGAGAGUGGGUAUCCCUUAGAGUCCCCAGGAUGAUGGUCCAGACAGGCUCAUUGAAAGGGGGGCAAACAGUGAAAGGGGAGCAGAGCACGUGGGUCCCUGCAGCUUGGCACAGUGCCAGGCUGGCCUGGCUGGCAGUGCCUCCCAGGUGGCACAGUUGCCCCGUCCUCGGCCUUUGAUGCUGAAGCGUCUCCUCUUUCCUGGGCGGCGUCCACUCCUUUGUUGGUCUAAGGGGUCAGGACCCCGCGGCCAACUGCAUAAUUAAUGGUCUUGAGUAAGGCUGGAGCCCCCAGGGGGUAGACUGCCUGUAGAGCCAGAGCAGAACGGGUGUGGGCGCUGCCAAGAGCUGAGGGCACUGCGGGCUAAGGUCUUCAGGGCGAGGACAGAGACGCCGAGAAGCCCCUCUUCACUGGGCCCGCCAUGGGUGGGAGCAAAGGCAAAGCGUCCCAGCGCCAGGAGGGCCCCAGGAGGCCGGUCUCAGGGGAGCAGGAGUCCCGGUCGGGCAGCGCCCACUGCGCGCCCAGCCAGGAAGGCGGACAGGGUCGCGGUAAGGCCCGAAGGACCAGACCGGUCUUGGAACCGGUCACUGCGGGAAGCCACAGGACCCACGCUGGCCGCCGGAAGCCCACCGCAGAGGGGAACGGCGGCUGCAGACGGUCAGGGGCUGGGCCGCCAGCAGAGGCCCAGGGGAGACUAGGCAGUGCGCGGCGUCCGGGUCGCGGAUCUAAGGAGAGCCGCGAGCCCCGGGAGGACCGUGGCGGGCGCCUGGAGGAAGAGAGUCUCUCCAGAGAAGGGACAACGAGUGAGCUCUGCCGCCGCAGGAGGAGAGGAAAAGGGCGGGGACCCUCGGCUCGGCAGGGUUGCCGGGAGACUCGGAGCCUGCACGGGGACACGUCGGGUGGAGACGGGGGCAGCUCUUGCCCGGACAGCGAAGCCCGCGAGGCCCAGGAGAGCGACAGCCAGAGCACUGGGGCCCCAGAGCUGCGACCCAAGCCGGAGCAAAAGGACACGGUCCUGGGAGACACCCAAACCGAGUCGGAGCCAGAGCUGGAACCCGGCGAACGCCCCAGCAGCGACGGCGGGGGCAGCGCUGAACCCCGGAGCCGGGAAGGGUCGUCGGGGGUGGGACCCCAGGGAGAGAAGGAGGAUUCCGGGACAGUCACGGAAUCGAGUCUGGAGGGGGCCGGACCUGGAGGGGGCCCACGGACAGCCCCAGGAACGGCGAGCCAGGCCACCGAAGCCGAAGAGACUAGGCCGGGCAAAAAACCCAAGGCCCCCAGCCCCCUCUAGGGCAGCCCAGAGUGCGUCUCCCGGAGCUCGAGGGCUUCUCGGGACCCCAGGCUGGCCCGGGACACAAGAAACAGCGAGGCGCGGGCGGAGGCUGAGUCGCAGGGCGCCGAGCCGGGAAGAGCCGAGGCCUCCGGGACUCGGCGC